GUGUUCAGUUGAAAGUGUUUUCCUAAACUCCAGUGAUAGCUAAAGAAGAUUCAGGAAAAAUGAAGUUCGCAGUGGGAUUUGUAGUUUUGGUGGCAUUCUGUGGUGUCCUUUAUGCCCAGAGUCACAAUAUGCAAUGGGGAAAUACCACGCACUAUGACCAACUGCUUCAUCGUGCUUUCGUGAAGAAAAGCUCGUCCUUCAUGCAGACAAAAACCACGGAAUAUUCAUGGCCAAAUGCAACAAAUAGCCAACCAAGAAACCGCACAAUCACAUGCAUUCGUGCUUUGGAUCAAUACGUUAACGGAAAGGGUGGAUAUGCAACUCUGAGAGCUGGUGGUGUCGGAUUCAAUCACACCACUAUUCGUUUCAAAUCACAGAGAGGACAUGGUUUUGACUUCAUCUUGGAGAUAUAUGGUCACUAAUUGAGUGACUUCAGAGAUGUGGAAAUGGAUCAGCUUUAGUAGCUCCUGUUUGCUUUUAGUCGAAUUGUAUGCGGAUCAAGUUGCGCAAAUUGAGUAUGAUAACAUCUGGAAUGGAAAAUAUUCUUGACAUCAAGUUUUGUUGUUAAAUUAAGUAAUUUAUUCAAGUGAAUAAAUAUUUUAAAAGCACAUAUCAAU